UUCUUGCUCAGUACAGCAGGUGGAUGACUAUGCACACUGCACUACACAGAAGAUUUAACUCUGUCUUCUAGCAUGGGGACCCCCUGGCACUUACAAUACAUUUUAAUUUUACUCUGUAUUUCAGUGCUGAGUACUACAGGGAUCAAGCAAAGACCAAGAGGUGGCUUGAGGACAUGGGAUCCUGAAACAGCUUACCUCACCAGAUGUGAUUUUAACAAUAACUCAAGGCCAUUCUGUGACUGGACCCAGCCUUGCAAUGUCAACCAGGGAGUGUGGAUACGAACCAAGCAUGACACUCCAACUGAGGGAACAGGUCCUGAUGGAGAUUAUCCUGAUGGAAAAGGUUAUUUCAUCUACCAAGAAGCAAGUAAUCUGGUCCCCUUCGAUACUAACAGACUGGAGAGCCCAGAUACUGUAGUUUCUGGAAAAAUAUGCAUAGACUUCUGGUACUACAUGUUUGGAUCAGAAGAGAUGAAUGAGCUGAGAGUGCUUGUCCAAGAUGGCACAGGGGAGUCCGUGGUGUGGCAUCGGAAGGGUAACCAGAGUUCCUUCUGGAAAUAUGGUGCCAUCACUCACACUUUUCCAACACAGAGGAAGAUAAAGGUAAUUUUUGAGGCUGUCCGAGGACUGACAGAGUAUGGGGAUACAGCACUGGACAAUGUGAGAGUAAGGGAUGGACCCUGUGAAGAUGUCCCUACACCUGGACCACCAACACCUACACCAACAGAACCUACACCAGCUCCAGUGACAGAAGCUAUUUGCAGUAUACAUGGGGAUCCCCACUACAACACCUUUGACAAGCAGCGUCAUGACUUCAUGGGCACCUGCACCUACACCCUCUCCAAGCUGUGUGAGAGCAACAGCUCCCUGCCCUACUUCAACGUGGAAGCAGCCAACGAGCACAGGGGAGACAACACCCGUGUGUCCUACGUCCAGUAUGUGGAUAUUGAUGUGCACGGCUACAGGAUCAACCUUGGUCAAAAAAGAGCUGUGAAGGUCAAUGGAGUCAGCCAGGUGGUCCCUGUGACUUUGGCCCCAGGUGUCAGUAUUUCCCUCAGCGGGCAGUAUGUUGUGGUUACUACUGACUUCGGGCUGCAAGUCAAGUUUGAUGGAAACCACAGAGCAGAAAUCACCCUUCCCAGCACCUAUAUGUCUAAAGUCUGUGGAAUAUGUGGAAAUUACAAUGGGGAAAAAGCAGACGACUUUCUCAACCCAGAUGGAGAGAUGGAAGCAAACUCAACCAGCCUUGGCAACAGUUGGCAGGUUUACAAUGACUCCAGGUGCUCACCAGAUUAUGGUCAUACUCCAAACUGCACUGAUGAUGAAAAACACAUGAUCCAAAGCAAUGCAUACUGUGGACUCAUCACAGAUCCAAGUGGUCCAUUCCAGAACUGCCACACAGUGGUCGACCCAAGGAGUUAUUUUGAAGAUUGCCAGUAUGAUCUCUGUGAACUUCACUUGAGCAAUGCAGCCCUCUGUGAAAGCCUACAGGCUUAUGCAGAUGUGUGCCAAAGUGCAGGAGUCCAACUGGCACCAUGGAGAAAUGCAACUUUUUGCCCAUUGGCCUGUCCAGCCAACAGUCACUACGAGCCCUGUGCUGCAGCCUGCCCUGCCACUUGUGUUGACCCAACUGCUCCCAACACCUGCAGCCUGCCGUGCGUGGAGGGCUGUGUGUGCGACAGCGGGUACCUGCUCUACAAUGACCGCUGCGUGCCCAGCCAGCAGUGCGGCUGCUGGCACAACGGGCAGCACUACCCCGUGGGCUCGGAGUUCUGGACUGACAACACCUGCUCCUCCAAGUGCACCUGUCCCACAUGGGGAAGCAAAGUGCAGUGCUUCAAUGCCUCCUGCCCUGCGGGCCAGUUCUGUGGGGUGCAGAACGGGAAACCUGUGUGCCUUGAACACUCCUACGGCAUCUGCCACGUCCAUUCAGACCCCCACUACCAAUCCUUUGACAAGGUGACGCACAGCUUCAUGGGCAACUGCACCUACACCCUGGCCAAACUCUGCUCCAACACCACCUCCCUGCCCUACUUCAACGUGGAGGCCAAGAACGAGCACCGUGGUAACACCCGAGUGUCCUACGUGCACGAAGUCAUGGUUGAGGUGUACGGACAGCGCAUCGUCAUCCUCAAGCAGCAGAAGAGCCACGUGCUGGUGAACAGCGUGCGGCAGACGUUGCCGGUGAGCGCAGCAGGAGGGGCCAUCACGGUGAGCAAGAGCGGUCGCUACGUCGUCCUGGAGACAGACUUCUACCUCCGAGUGUCCUACGACACUGACCACUCGGUGGAGGUGAAGGUGCCCACCACCUACUUCAACCUGACCUGUGGCAUGUGCGGCAACUUCAACAACCGCAGAGAUGAUGAAUACAUGAUGCCCAACGGGCAGCAAGCCGCAGACUCCAACGCUCUGGGGGAGAGCUGGCAGGUCCCAGACAGUGACCCCUCCUGCGGUGUGCCCGUCCCCUCCCCACCCUGCAGUGCAGAAGAGGAGGAGCUCUACCGCUCCGACCAGUUCUGUGGCAUCCUGACCACCAGGCCUAGCUCUUUUGAGAGCUGCCACGGCACCAUCAACCCCCAGGACUACUUUGACACCUGCUUGUAUGACCUGUGUGCCCUGAAUGGUGGCCAGGAGUUCCUGUGUGCUGCUCUGGAGGCCUAUGCUGAUGCGUGCCAGGCAGCUGGUGUGACUCUGCUUCCCUGGAGGAAUGCUACCUUCUGCCCUGUUGCAUGCCCUCCCAAUAGUCAUUACAAUCCAUGUACCAGUGCUUGUCCAGCAACCUGCACUGACCCUCUUGCGUCGCAGAACUGCAGCAGACCUUGUGUAGAAGGAUGUGAAUGCAACAAGGGCUUUGUCCUCAGCGGAGGACAAUGUGUGUCCAUGAGUGACUGUGGCUGCCUUCAGAAUGGCAAAUAUUAUGAGAAAGGAGAAUCUUUUUGGCAACCCGACUGUGUAGGCCAAUGUGUGUGUACUGGAAAUGGAACUGUAGUUUGCAAUUCAGACACAUGUGAAGUAAGAGAAGUUUGCAAGGUGCAGAAUGGACUCCUGGGAUGUUACCCAUUGAAUCCCAGCACCUGCCACAUUUAUGGGGAUCCACAUUAUAUAACCUUUGAUGGGAGACUGUACCAUUUCCAAGGAGACUGCAAUUAUACUGUUGUUGAGAGAUGCACAAAUUCUUCUGAAAAGUUCUCAGUGACAACCAGAAAUGAACAUAGAGGAAAUCCAAACUGGACAGCCUUGAACUCAGUUGCUGUCACACUGAAAAAUCUGCACAUUGUUUUGAAGAAAAACAAGGAGACCUAUGUGAAUGGAAAUCAGGUUUAUCUUCCUGUGGAUUUGAACCAUGAAGCCAGAGUAUCCAUACAAAGAAACUACAUAGUCAUUGAUACCUCUCUAGGGAUCCAGAUUAAGUUUGAUGGUGACCAGGAGCUUUUCAUUCUGGUGGAUGAAAGUCUCAAAGGACAGCUGUGUGGUCUCUGUGGGACAUUCAAUGACAACCAACUGGAUGACUUUUUAAACCCAGAUAAAGUCCUAGAACAGGAUCCAAAUAAAUUUGGUGACAGCUGGAUAGUGAAGGAUGACAACAGGACGUGUAAUCAAGUUUCAGUUGUACCGCCUGCUUGUGACCCAGAAAAAGAGAAAGAAUAUGAAGAACUCUGCAAAAUUAUUUUGAAAACUGGUGGACCUUUUCAGUCCUGCCAUUGGCACAUUCCCCCACAACUGUACUUUGAGAGCUGUGUCUAUGAUCUGUGUGCCACAGAGGGGGAUUCUGAUCAGUACUGCAAGAUUUUGGAGGUAUAUGCUGCUGCCUGUGAAGUUGAAGGUGUAAAUCUGGGUGAAUGGAGAGAGGAUACCAUCUGUGCGGCACCAACAGCCUGCAAUAUGUCAUGUACAUUUGAGGUUGACUUCUGUGAGUGGAAACAGGAAACUGAUGAUGACUUUGACUGGAUAAGGCACAGGGGACCGACACCUACACCCAAUACUGGCCCUUCCAAUGACCACACAACUGGAGAGGGCUAUUAUAUCUACCUGCAAGGAAGCAAGCAAAAGCCAGCUGAUGUAGCCCGCUUGGUCAGUCCAGUGUGCAGUUCAGAAGGACCUCACUGCUUCCGCUUCUGGUAUCACAUGUAUGGAGCAGCAGAAGCCAUGGCUCUGCGUGUGUAUGUAGUUCACAAUGAGACAUCAACAUUGGAAUGGAAAGAUGCUGGAAACAAAGGGGACAGAUGGAACUUGGGAGAAGUCACAGUACACAGCAGAGGAAAUAUGCAGAUUGUCCUGGAGGGCAUGAUCGGUGAAGAUCUCCAGAGUGAUGUAGCUUUGGAUGAUCUGUCGAUUGUAAAGGGACAAUGCACAGAUGUUACUCCAACAACACCAGGACCCACCAUCACAACACCAUCAGAAGAGACACCCACGUCAACACCCAUGCCAGAUUCAGGCACCUGUGUAGUGGAAGGAGACCCUCACUACCACACCUUUGACAAGCAGUUACACCAUUUCAUGGGCACCUGCACCUACACCCUCUCCAAGCUGUGUGAGAGCAACAGCUCCCUGCCCUACUUCAACGUGGAAGCGGCCAACGAGCACAGGGGAGGCAACACCCGUGUGUCCUAUGUCCGACACGUGGAUGUCGAUGUGGCUGACCAGAGGAUAAGGCUGGCACAGGGUGGAGUGGUGACGGUCAAUGGGGUGGAAGAGAUCCUGCCUUGCAGCCCAUCCGCAGGCGUGCAGGUCUUGUCCAGUGGCUUCUACACCAUGGUCAUGACAGACUUUGGCUUGAGAGUCAAGUUUGAUGGGAAGCAUCGGGUGGAGGUGACGCUUCCAAGCACCUUUGGGCAGAAGGUUUGUGGCAUGUGUGGCAACUACAACGGGAUAGCAGCAGAUGACUUCCAGAACCCAGAAGGGGCAAUGGAGCCAGACUCCACCAGCCUGGGCAACAGCUGGGAAGUGUCCAACAACAGCAGCUGCUCAGCCGGACCUCUGCCCACCCCAGCCUGCAAUGAGACCGACAAGCAGCUCAUCGGCAGCAGCCACUUCUGUGGGCUCCUCACGGACACCAGCGGCCCGUUUCAGGUGUGCCACGCUCUGCUGAGCCCCAGCAGCUACUUUGACACCUGCUUCUAUGACCUGUGUGAGCUGGGGCUGGACCGUGAGACCCUGUGCAAGAGCUUGCAGUCCUAUGCAGAUGCCUGCCAGUCCCUCGGUGUCCAGAUACCUGCGUGGAGGAACGCAACCUUCUGCCCGAUCACUUGUCCAGCCAACAGUCACUACGAGCCCUGUGCUGCAGCCUGCCCUGCCACUUGUGUUGACCCGAUGGCUCCUGUAACCUGCAGCCUGCCGUGCGUGGAGGGCUGUGUGUGCGACAGCGGGUACCUGCUCUACAAUGACCGCUGCGUGCCCAGCCAGCAGUGCGGCUGCUGGCACAACGGGCAGCACUACCCUGUGGGCUCGGAGUUCUGGACUGACAACACCUGCUCCUCCAAGUGCACCUGUCCCGCACGGGGAAGCAAAGUGCAGUGCUUCAAUGCCUCCUGCCCUGCGGGCCAGUUCUGUGGGGUGCAGAACGGGAAACCUGUGUGCCUUGAACACUCCUACGGCAUCUGCCACAUCCACGGGGACCCUCACUACCAAUCCUUUGACAAGGUGACGCACGACUUCAUGGGCAACUGCACCUACACCCUGGCCAAACUCUGCUCCAACACCACCUCCCUGCCCUACUUCAACGUGGAGGCCAAGAACGAGCACCGUGGUAACACCCGAGUGUCCUACGUGCACGAAGUCAUGGUUGAGGUGUACGGACAGCGCAUUGUCAUCCUCAAGCAGCAGAAGAGCCACGUGCUGGUGAACAGCGUGCGGCAGACGUUGCCGGUGAGCGCAGCAGGAGGGGCCAUCACGGUGAGCAAGAGCGGUCGCUACGUCGUCCUGGAGACAGACUUCUACCUCCGAGUGUCCUACGACACUGACCACUCGGUGGAGGUGAAGGUGCCCACCACCUACUUCAACCUGACCUGUGGCAUGUGCGGCAACUUCAACAACCGCAGAGAUGAUGAAUACAUGAUGCCCAACGGGCAGCAAGCCGCAGACUCCAACGCUCUGGGGGAGAGCUGGCAGGUCCCAGACAGUGACCCCUCCUGCGGUGUGCCCGUCCCCUCCCCACCCUGCAGUGCAGAAGAGGAGGAGCUCUAUCGCUCCGACCAGUUCUGUGGCAUCCUGACCACCAGGCCUAGCUCUUUUGAGAGCUGCCACGGCACCAUCAACCCCCAGGACUACUUUGACACCUGCUUGUAUGACCUGUGUGCCCUGAAUGGUGGCCAGGAGUUCCUGUGUGCUGCUCUGGAGGCCUAUGCUGACGCGUGCCAGGCAGCUGGUGUGACUCUGCUUCCCUGGAGGAAUGCUACCUUCUGCCCCCUGCAGUGUCCUUCCAACAGCUACUAUGACCCCUGCAUGACGGGCUGUCCUGCCACCUGUGUUGACCAACACGCCCCACUGAACUGCUCCAAGCCUUGUGUGGAGGGCUGUGCGUGUAGCUCUGGCUUCCUCCUGAGUGGAGACACCUGUGUGCCCGAGGACAACUGCGGCUGCCACUUUGAGGGCAACUACUACACCGAAGGGGAGUCCUCCGUCAAUGAGAACUGCACUCGCCGGUGCCAGUGUGAAGCCAAAGGCCACAUGGUUUGCUCUGCCCUGUCCUGUGGCGAGGACGAGGUCUGCAAGAUCCAGGAUGGCCAGAGGGGCUGUUACCCAGCCAGCACUGCCGUCUGCCACAUCUACGGUGACCCACAUUACAGCACCUUUGAUGGGAAGCUCCACCACUUCCAGGGCUCCUGCAACUACACAGCGGUGACAGGCUGUGACAACUCCUCCCUUGGCUUCAGUGUCACCACCCGCAACAAACAUCGCGGCAGCCAGAGCUGGACAGCUCUGGACUCUGUGGCACUGUCCCUUGAAGGCCUCCACAUUGCACUGCGCCAGCACAAGGCAGUCUACAUCAACGGUGCCCUGGUCUCCCUGCCUGCUUCUCCUGCCCCCGGUGUGACCAUCUCCCUGAGCGGCUCCUAUGUGCGGGUUUCUACCAAGCUGGGCCUGCAGCUGCAGUUCAAUGGGGACCAUGAGCUCCUAGUGAAGGUGUCUGAGCAGUACAAGGGCAAACUCUGUGGGCUGUGUGGGACGUACACUGGGAGCCAGCAGGACGACUUCAUGCGACCCGAUGGGGUGGUUGUACCCGACUUCAACGACUUUGGGAGCAGCUGGAUGGUGCCGGAUGAAGAGUGGCCGUGUGACCCAGCCAUCAGCCCACCUGCAUCCUGCUCCUCUACUGAAGAGGAGGCAGCUAAGCAGCAGUGUUCAAUCCUCACACACCUCGGUGGCCCCUUCCAGCCAUGCCAUGCAGUUCUGCCACCCAAGACAUACUUUGAGAGCUGUGUCUAUGACCAGUGUGCCACGGGUGGCAGCACGGAGCAGCUCUGCAAUGACCUGGGGGCCUAUGCUGCAGCCUGUGCUGAGGCGGGCGUUGCUCUGGGAGACUGGAGUGCUGGCACUGUCUGUGCUCCACCAACAGACUGCAAUUUUGCCUGCACAUUUGAUGAGGACUUCUGUGGGUGGGUCCAGACAGAUUACAGCAGCCUUGACUGGAGAAGGAACAGAGGCCCAACGCCCACUCCAAAUACUGGCCCAUCCUCUGACCACACAACAGGAGAUGGCUACUACAUCUUCCUGCAAGGCAGUAAUGAUACUCUCCCUGGUUUUGUGGCUCAACUGGUCAGUCCAGUGUGCAGCUGGGAAGGAACACUCUGCUUCCGCUUCUGGUACCACAUGUACGGAACUGCUCAAACAAUGGCCUUGCGGGUGUACGUGCAGAAGGAUGAUGAGCUAGUGAUGGUCUGGAAAGAAGUUGGGAACCAUGAAGACAGGUGGCACUUGGGAGAGGUCACAGUGAACAUGACAGGAAACAUGCAGAUUCUGCUGGAGGGAGAAUGGGGUGAAGAUGUGCGCAGCAACAUAGCAUUGGAUGAUGUCUCCAUUGUAAACGGAUCCUGUGCAGGUCCACUUCCUACUACACCCCCUACUCUGCUGCCUAAUGGUACAACACCAACACCAACGCCACCUGGAACAACCUCAGGCACCUGUGUAGUGGAAGGAGACCCUCACUACCACACCUUUGACAAGCAGUUACACCAUUUCAUGGGCACCUGCACCUACACCCUCUCCAAGCUGUGUGAGAGCAACAGCUCCCUGCCCUACUUCAACGUGGAAGCGGCCAACGAGCACAGGGGAGGCAACACCCGUGUGUCCUAUGUCCGACACGUGGAUGUCGAUGUGGCUGACCAGAGGAUAAGGCUGGCACAGGGUGGAGUGGUGACGGUCAAUGGGGUGGAAGAGAUCCUGCCUUGCAGCCCAUCCGCAGGCGUGCAGGUCUUGUCCAGUGGCUUCUACACCAUGGUCAUGACAGACUUUGGCUUGAGAGUCAAGUUUGAUGGGAAGCAUCGGGUGGAGGUGACGCUUCCAAGCACCUUUGGGCAGAAGGUUUGUGGCAUGUGUGGCAACUACAACGGGAUAGCAGCAGAUGACUUCCAGAACCCAGAAGGGGCAAUGGAGCCAGACUCCACCAGCCUGGGCAACAGCUGGGAAGUGUCCAACAACAGCAGCUGCUCAGCCGGACCUCUGCCCACCCCAGCCUGCAAUGAGACCGACAAGCAGCUCAUCGGCAGCAGCCACUUCUGUGGGCUCCUCACGGACACCAGCGGCCCGUUUCAGGUGUGCCACGCUCUGCUGAGCCCCAGCAGCUACUUUGACACCUGCUUCUAUGACCUGUGUGAGCUGGGGCUGGACCGUGAGACCCUGUGCAAGAGCUUGCAGUCCUAUGCAGAUGCCUGCCAGUCCCUCGGUGUCCAGAUACCUGCGUGGAGGAACGCAACCUUCUGCCCGAUCACUUGUCCAGCCAACAGUCACUACGAGCCCUGUGCUGCAGCCUGCCCUGCCACUUGUGUUGACCCGAUGGCUCCUGUAACCUGCAGCCUGCCGUGCGUGGAGGGCUGUGUGUGCGACAGCGGGUACCUGCUCUACAAUGACCGCUGCGUGCCCAGCCAGCAGUGCGGCUGCUGGCACAACGGGCAGCACUACCCUGUGGGCUCGGAGUUCUGGACUGACAACACCUGCUCCUCCAAGUGCACCUGUCCCGCACGGGGAAGCAAAGUGCAGUGCUUCAAUGCCUCCUGCCCUGCGGGCCAGUUCUGUGGGGUGCAGAACGGGAAACCUGUGUGCCUUGAACACUCCUACGGCAUCUGCCACAUCCACGGGGACCCUCACUACCAAUCCUUUGACAAGGUGACGCACGACUUCAUGGGCAACUGCACCUACACCCUGGCCAAACUCUGCUCCAACACCACCUCCCUGCCCUACUUCAACGUGGAGGCCAAGAACGAGCACCGUGGUAACACCCGAGUGUCCUACGUGCACGAAGUCAUGGUUGAGGUGUACGGACAGCGCAUUGUCAUCCUCAAGCAGCAGAAGAGCCACGUGCUGGUGAACAGCGUGCGGCAGACGUUGCCGGUGAGCGCAGCAGGAGGGGCCAUCACGGUGAGCAAGAGCGGUCGCUACGUCGUCCUGGAGACAGACUUCUACCUCCGAGUGUCCUACGACACUGACCACUCGGUGGAGGUGAAGGUGCCCACCACCUACUUCAACCUGACCUGUGGCAUGUGCGGCAACUUCAACAACCGCAGAGAUGAUGAAUACAUGAUGCCCAACGGGCAGCAAGCCGCAGACUCCAACGCUCUGGGGGAGAGCUGGCAGGUCCCAGACAGUGACCCCUCCUGCGGUGUGCCCGUCCCCUCCCCACCCUGCAGUGCAGAAGAGGAGGAGCUCUAUCGCUCCGACCAGUUCUGUGGCAUCCUGACCACCAGGCCUAGCUCUUUUGAGAGCUGCCACGGCACCAUCAACCCCCAGGACUACUUUGACACCUGCUUGUAUGACCUGUGUGCCCUGAAUGGUGGCCAGGAGUUCCUGUGUGCUGCUCUGGAGGCCUAUGCUGACGCGUGCCAGGCAGCUGGUGUGACUCUGCUUCCCUGGAGGAAUGCUACCUUCUGCCCCCUGCAGUGUCCUUCCAACAGCUACUAUGACCCCUGCAUGACGGGCUGUCCUGCCACCUGUGUUGACCAACACGCCCCACUGAACUGCUCCAAGCCUUGUGUGGAGGGCUGUGCGUGUAGCUCUGGCUUCCUCCUGAGUGGAGACACCUGUGUGCCCGAGGACAACUGCGGCUGCCACUUUGAGGGCAACUACUACACCGAAGGGGAGUCCUCCGUCAAUGAGAACUGCACUCGCCGGUGCCAGUGUGAAGCCAAAGGCCACAUGGUUUGCUCUGCCCUGUCCUGUGGCGAGGACGAGGUCUGCAAGAUCCAGGAUGGCCAGAGGGGCUGUUACCCAGCCAGCACUGCCGUCUGCCACAUCUACGGUGACCCACAUUACAGCACCUUUGAUGGGAAGCUCCACCACUUCCAGGGCUCCUGCAACUACACAGCGGUGACAGGCUGUGACAACUCCUCCCUUGGCUUCAGUGUCACCACCCGCAACAAACAUCGCGGCAGCCAGAGCUGGACAGCUCUGGACUCUGUGGCACUGUCCCUUGAAGGCCUCCACAUUGCACUGCGCCAGCACAAGGCAGUCUACAUCAACGGUGCCCUGGUCUCCCUGCCUGCUUCUCCUGCCCCCGGUGUGACCAUCUCCCUGAGCGGCUCCUAUGUGCGGGUUUCUACCAAGCUGGGCCUGCAGCUGCAGUUCAAUGGGGACCAUGAGCUCCUAGUGAAGGUGUCUGAGCAGUACAAGGGCAAACUCUGUGGGCUGUGUGGGACGUACACUGGGAGCCAGCAGGACGACUUCAUGCGACCCGAUGGGGUGGUUGUACCCGACUUCAACGACUUUGGGAGCAGCUGGAUGGUGCCGGAUGAAGAGUGGCCGUGUGACCCAGCCAUCAGCCCACCUGCAUCCUGCUCCUCUACUGAAGAGGAGGCAGCUAAGCAGCAGUGUUCAAUCCUCACACACCUCGGUGGCCCCUUCCAGCCAUGCCAUGCAGUUCUGCCACCCAAGACAUACUUUGAGAGCUGUGUCUAUGACCAGUGUGCCACGGGUGGCAGCACGGAGCAGCUCUGCAAUGACCUGGGGGCCUAUGCUGCAGCCUGUGCUGAGGCGGGCGUUGCUCUGGGAGACUGGAGUGCUGGCACUGUCUGUGCUCCACCAACAGACUGCAAUUUUGCCUGCACAUUUGAUGAGGACUUCUGUGGGUGGGUCCAGACAGAUUACAGCAGCCUUGACUGGAGAAGGAACAGAGGCCCAACGCCCACUCCAAAUACUGGCCCAUCCUCUGACCACACAACAGGAGAUGGCUACUACAUCUUCCUGCAAGGCAGUAAUGAUACUCUCCCUGGUUUUGUGGCUCAACUGGUCAGUCCAGUGUGCAGCUGGGAAGGAACACUCUGCUUCCGCUUCUGGUACCACAUGUACGGAACUGCUCAAACAAUGGCCUUGCGGGUGUACGUGCAGAAGGAUGAUGAGCUAGUGAUGGUCUGGAAAGAAGUUGGGAACCAUGAAGACAGGUGGCACUUGGGAGAGGUCACAGUGAACAUGACAGGAAACAUGCAGAUUCUGCUGGAGGGAGAAUGGGGUGAAGAUGUGCGCAGCAACAUAGCAUUGGAUGAUGUCUCCAUUGUAAACGGAUCCUGUGCAGGUCCACUUCCUACUACACCCCCUACUCUGCUGCCUAAUGGUACAACACCAACACCAACGCCACCUGGAACAACCUCAGGCACCUGUGUAGUGGAAGGAGACCCUCACUACCACACCUUUGACAAGCAGUUACACCAUUUCAUGGGCACCUGCACCUACACCCUCUCCAAGCUGUGUGAGAGCAACAGCUCCCUGCCCUACUUCAACGUGGAAGCGGCCAACGAGCACAGGGGAGGCAACACCCGUGUGUCCUAUGUCCGACACGUGGAUGUCGAUGUGGCUGACCAGAGGAUAAGGCUGGCACAGGGUGGAGUGGUGACGGUCAAUGGGGUGGAAGAGAUCCUGCCUUGCAGCCCAUCCGCAGGCGUGCAGGUCUUGUCCAGUGGCUUCUACACCAUGGUCAUGACAGACUUUGGCUUGAGAGUCAAGUUUGAUGGGAAGCAUCGGGUGGAGGUGACGCUUCCAAGCACCUUUGGGCAGAAGGUUUGUGGCAUGUGUGGCAACUACAACGGGAUAGCAGCAGAUGACUUCCAGAACCCAGAAGGGGCAAUGGAGCCAGACUCCACCAGCCUGGGCAACAGCUGGGAAGUGUCCAACAACAGCAGCUGCUCAGCCGGACCUCUGCCCACCCCAGCCUGCAAUGAGACCGACAAGCAGCUCAUCGGCAGCAGCCACUUCUGUGGGCUCCUCACGGACACCAGCGGCCCGUUUCAGGUGUGCCACGCUCUGCUGAGCCCCAGCAGCUACUUUGACACCUGCUUCUAUGACCUGUGUGAGCUGGGGCUGGACCGUGAGACCCUGUGCAAGAGCUUGCAGUCCUAUGCAGAUGCCUGCCAGUCCCUCGGUGUCCAGAUACCUGCGUGGAGGAACGCAACCUUCUGCCCGAUCACUUGUCCAGCCAACAGUCACUACGAGCCCUGUGCUGCAGCCUGCCCUGCCACUUGUGUUGACCCAACUGCUCCCAACACCUGCAGCCUGCCGUGUGUGGAGGGCUGUGUGUGCGACAGCGGGUACCUGCUCUACAAUGACCGCUGCGUGCCCAGCCAGCAGUGCGGCUGCUGGCACAACGGGCAGCACUACCCCGUGGGCUCGGAGUUCUGGACUGACAACACCUGCUCCUCCAAGUGCACCUGUCCCGCACGGGGAAGCAAAGUGCAGUGCUUCAAUGCCUCCUGCCCUGCGGGCCAGUUCUGUGGGGUGCAGAACGGGAAACCUGUGUGCCUUGAACACUCCUACGGCAUCUGCCACAUCCACGGGGACCCUCACUACCAAUCCUUUGACAAGGUGACGCACGACUUCAUGGGCAACUGCACCUACACCCUGGCCAAACUCUGCUCCAACACCACCUCCCUGCCCUACUUCAACGUGGAGGCCAAGAACGAGCACCGUGGCAACACCCAAGUGUCCUAUGUGCGCGAAGUCAUGGUUGAGGUGUACGGACAGCGCAUUGUCAUCCUCAAGCAGCAGAAGAGCCACGUGCUGGUGAACAGCGUGCGGCAGACGUUGCCGGUGAGCGCAGCAGGAGGGGCCAUCACGGUGAGCAAGAGCGGUCGCUACAUCGUCCUGGAGACAGACUUCUACCUCCGAGUGUCCUACGACACUGACCACUCGGUGGAGGUGAAGGUGCCCACCACCUACUUCAACCUGACCUGUGGCAUGUGUGGCAACUUCAACAACCGCAGAGAUGAUGAAUACAUGAUGCCCAACGGGCAGCAAGCCGCAGACUCCAACGCUCUGGGGGAGAGCUGGCAGGUCCCAGACAGUGACCCCUCCUGCGGUGUGCCCGUCCCCUCCCCACCCUGCAGUGCAGAAGAGGAGGAGCUCUACCGCUCCGACCAGUUCUGUGGCAUCCUGACCACCAGGCCUAGCUCUUUUGAGAGCUGCCACGGCACCAUCAACCCCCAGGACUACUUUGACACCUGCUUGUAUGACCUGUGUGCCCUGAAUGGUGGCCAGGAGUUCCUGUGUGCUGCUCUGGAGGCCUAUGCUGACGCGUGCCAGGCAGCUGGUGUGACUCUGCUUCCCUGGAGGAAUGCUACCUUCUGCCCCCUGCAGUGUCCUCCCAACAGCUACUAUGACCCCUGCAUGACGGGCUGUCCUGCCACCUGUGUUGACCAACACGCCCCACUGAACUGCUCCAAGCCUUGUGCGGAGGGCUGUGCGUGUAGCUCUGGCUUCCUCCUGAGUGGAGACACCUGUGUGCCCGAGGAAAACUGCGGCUGCCACUUUGAGGGCAACUACUACACCGAAGGGGAGUCCUCCGUCAAUGAGAACUGCACUCGCCAGUGCCGGUGUGAAGCCAAAGGCCACAUGGUUUGCUCUGCCCUGUCCUGUGGCGAGGACGAGGUCUGCAAGAUCCAGGAUGGCCAGAGGGGCUGUUACCCAGCCAGCACUGCCGUCUGCCACAUCUACGGUGACCCACAUUACAGCACCUUUGAUGGGAAGCUCCACCACUUCCAGGGCUCCUGCAACUACACAGCGGUGACAGGCUGUGACAACUCCUCCCUUGGCUUCAGUGUCACCACCCGCAACAAACAUCGCGGCAGCCAGAGCUGGACAGCUCUGGACUCUGUGGCACUGUCCCUCGAAGGCCUCCACAUUGCACUGCGCCAGCACAAGGCAGUCUACAUCAACGGUGCCCUGGUCUCCCUGCCUGCUUCUCCUGCCCCCGGUGUGACCAUCUCCCUGAGCGGCUCCUAUGUGCGGGUUUCUACCAAGCUGGGCCUGCAGCUGCAGUUCAAUGGGGACCAUGAGCUCCUAGUGAAGGUGUCUGAGCAGUACAAGGGCAAACUCUGUGGGCUGUGUGGGACGUACACUGGGAGCCAGCAGGACGACUUCAUGCGACCCGAUGGGGUGGUUGUACCCGACUUCAACGACUUUGGGAGCAGCUGGAUGGUGCCGGAUGAAGAGUGGCCGUGUGACCCAGCCAUCAGCCCACCUGCAUCCUGCUCCUCUACUGAAGAGGAGGCAGCUAAGCAGCAGUGUUCAAUCCUCACACACCUCGGUGGCCCCUUCCAGCCAUGCCAUGCAGUUCUGCCACCCAAGACAUACUUUGAGAGCUGUGUCUAUGACCAGUGUGCCACGGGUGGCAGCACGGAGCAGCUCUGCAAUGACCUGGGGGCCUAUGCUGCAGCCUGUGCUGAGGCGGGCGUUGCUCUGGGAGACUGGAGUGCUGGCACUGUCUGUGCUCCACCAACAGACUGCAAUUUUGCCUGCACAUUUGAUGAGGACUUCUGUGGGUGGGUCCAGACAGAUUACAGCAGCCUUGACUGGAGAAGGAACAGAGGCCCAACGCCCACUCCAAAUACUGGCCCAUCCUCUGACCACACAACAGGAGAUGGCUACUACAUCUUCCUGCAAGGCAGUAAUGAUACUCUCCCUGGUUUUGUGGCUCAACUGGUCAGUCCAGUGUGCAGCUGGGAAGGAACACUCUGCUUCCGCUUCUGGUACCACAUGUACGGAACUGCUCAAACAAUGGCCUUGCGGGUGUACGUGCAGAAGGAUGAUGAGCUAGUGAUGGUCUGGAAAGAAGUUGGGAACCAUGAAGACAGGUGGCACUUGGGAGAGGUCACAGUGAACAUGACAGGAAACAUGCAGAUUCUGCUGGAGGGAGAAUGGGGUGAAGAUGUGCGCAGCAACAUAGCAUUGGAUGAUGUCUCCAUUGUAAACGGAUCCUGUGCAGGUCCACUUCCUACUACACCCCCUACACUGCUGCCUAAUGGUACAACACCAACACCAACGCCACCUGGAACAACCUCAGGCACCUGUGUAGUGGAAGGAGACCCUCACUACCACACCUUUGACAAGCAGUUACACCAUUUCAUGGGCACCUGCACCUACACCCUCUCCAAGCUGUGUGAGAGCAACAGCUCCCUGCCCUACUUCAACGUGGAAGCGGCCAACGAGCACAGGGGAGGCAACACCCGUGUGUCCUAUGUCCGACACGUGGAUGUCGAUGUGGCUGACCAGAGGAUAAGGCUGGCACAGGGUGGAGUGGUGACGGUCAAUGGGGUGGAAGAGAUCCUGCCUUGCAGCCCAUCCGCAGACGUGCAGGUCUUGUCCAGUGGCUUCUACACCAUGGUCAUGACAGACUUUGGCUUGAGAGUCAAGUUUGAUGGGAAGCAUCGGGUGGAGGUGACGCUUCCAAGCACCUUUGGGCAGAAGGUUUGUGGCAUGUGUGGCAACUACAACGGGAUAGCAGCAGAUGACUUCCAGAACCCAGAAGGGGCAAUGGAGCCAGACUCCACCAGCCUGGGCAACAGCUGGGAAGUGUCCAACAACAGCAGCUGCUCAGCCGGACCUCUGCCCACCCCAGCCUGCAAUGAGACCGACAAGCAGCUCAUCGGCAGCAGCCACUUCUGUGGGCUCCUCACGGACACCAGCGGCCCGUUUCAGGUGUGCCACGCUCUGCUGAGCCCCAGCAGCUACUUUGACACCUGCUUCUAUGACCUGUGUGAGCUGGGGCUGGACCGUGAGACCCUGUGCAAGAGCUUGCAGUCCUAUGCAGAUGCCUGCCAGUCCCUCGGUGUCCAGAUACCUGCGUGGAGGAACGCAACCUUCUGCCCGAUCGCUUGUCCAGCCAACAGUCACUACGAACCCUGUGCUGCAGCCUGCCCUGCCACUUGUGUUGACCCAACUGCUCCCAACACCUGCAGCCUGCCGUGCGUGGAGGGCUGUGUGUGCGACAGCGGGUACCUGCUCUACAAUGACCGCUGCGUGCCCAGCCAGCAGUGCGGCUGCUGGCACAACGGGCAGCACUACCCCGUGGGCUCGGAGUUCUGGACUGACAACACCUGCUCCUCCAAGUGCACCUGUCCCGCACGGGGAAGCAAAGUGCAGUGCUUCAAUGCCUCCUGCCCUGCGGGCCAGUUCUGUGGGGUGCAGAACGGGAAACCUGUGUGCCUUGAACACUCCUACGGCAUCUGCCACAUCCACGGGGACCCUCACUACCAAUCCUUUGACAAGGUGACGCACGACUUCAUGGGCAACUGCACCUACACCCUGGCCAAACUCUGCUCCAACACCACCUCCCUGCCCUACUUCAACGUGGAGGCCAAGAACGAGCACCGUGGCAACACCCAAGUGUCCUAUGUGCGCGAAGUCAUGGUUGAGGUGUACGGACAGCGCAUUGUCAUCCUCAAGCAGCAGAAGAGCCACGUGCUGGUGAACAGCGUGCGGCAGACGUUGCCGGUGAGCGCAGCAGGAGGGGCCAUCACGGUGAGCAAGAGCGGUCGCUACGUCGUCCUGGAGACAGACUUCUACCUCCGAGUGUCCUACGACACUGACCACUCGGUGGAGGUGAAGGUGCCCACCACCUACUUCAACCUGACCUGUGGCAUGUGCGGCAACUUCAACAACCGCAGAGAUGAUGAAUACAUGAUGCCCAACGGGCAGCAAGCCGCAGACUCCAACGCUCUGGGGGAGAGCUGGCAGGUCCCAGACAGUGACCCCUCCUGCGGUGUGCCCGUCCCCUCCCCACCCUGCAGUGCAGAAGAGGAGGAGCUCUACCGCUCCGACCAGUUCUGUGGCAUCCUGACCACCAGGCCUAGCUCUUUUGAGAGCUGCCACGGCACCAUCAACCCCCAGGACUACUUUGACACCUGCUUGUAUGACCUGUGUGCCCUGAAUGGUGGCCAGGAGUUCCUGUGUGCUGCUCUGGAGGCCUAUGCUGAUGCGUGCCAGGCAGCUGGUGUGACUCUGCUUCCCUGGAGGAAUGCUACCUUCUGCCCCCUGCAGUGUCCUCCCAACAGCUACUAUGACCCCUGCAUGACGGGCUGUCCUGCCACCUGUGUUGACCAACACGCCCCACUGAACUGCUCCAAGCCUUGUGUGGAGGGCUGUGCGUGUAGCUCUGGCUUCCUCCUGAGUGGAGACACCUGUGUGCCCGAGGACAACUGCGGCUGCCACUUUGAGGGCAACUACUACACUGAAGGGGAGUCCUCCAUCAAUGAGAACUGCACUCGCCGGUGCCAGUGUGAAGCCAAAGGCCACAUGGUUUGCUCUGCCCUGUCCUGUGGCGAGGACGAGGUCUGCAAGAUCCAGGAUGGCCAGAGGGGCUGUUACCCAGCCAGCACUGCUGUCUGCCACAUCUACGGUGACCCACAUUACAGCACCUUUGAUGGGAAGCUCCACCACUUCCAGGGCUCCUGCAACUACACAGCGGUGACAGGCUGUGACAACUCCUCCCUUGGCUUCAGUGUCACCACCCGCAACAAACAUCGCGGCAGCCAGAGCUGGACAGCUCUGGACUCUGUGGCACUGUCCCUCGAAGGCCUCCACAUUGCACUGCGCCAGCACAAGGCAGUCUACAUCAACGGUGCCCUGGUCUCCCUGCCUGCUUCUCCUGCCCCCGGUGUGACCAUCUCCCUGAGCGGCUCCUAUGUGCGGGUUUCUACCAAGCUGGGCCUGCAGCUGCAGUUCAAUGGGGACCAUGAGCUCCUAGUGAAGGUGUCUGAGCAGUACAAGGGCAAACUCUGUGGGCUGUGUGGGACGUACACUGGGAGCCAGCAGGACGACUUCAUGCGACCCGAUGGGGUGGUUGUACCCGACUUCAACGACUUUGGAAGCAGCUGGAUGGUGCCGGAUGAAGAGUGGCCGUGUGACCCAGCCAUCAGCCCACCUGCAUCCUGCUCCUCUACUGAAGAGGAGGCAGCUAAGCAGCAGUGUUCAAUCCUCACACACCUCGGUGGCCCCUUCCAGCCAUGCCAUGCAGUUCUGCCACCCAAGACAUACUUUGAGAGCUGUGUCUAUGACCAGUGUGCCACGGGUGGCAGCACGGAGCAGCUCUGCAAUGACCUGGGGGCCUAUGCUGCAGCCUGUGCUGAGGCGGGCGUUGCUCUGGGAGACUGGAGUGCUGGCACUGUCUGUGGUCCCACUACACCCCCUACUCUGCUGCCUAAUGGUACAACACCAACACCAACGCCACCUGGAACAACCUCAGGCACCUGUGUAGUGGAAGGAGACCCUCACUACCACACCUUUGACAAGCAGUUACACCAUUUCAUGGGCACCUGCACCUACACCCUCUCCAAGCUGUGUGAGAGCAACAGCUCCCUGCCCUACUUCAACGUGGAAGCGGCCAACGAGCACAGGGGAGGCAACACCCGUGUGUCCUAUGUCCGACACGUGGAUGUCGAUGUGGCUGACCAGAGGAUAAGGCUGGCACAGGGUGGAGUGGUGACGGUCAAUGGGGUGGAAGAGAUCCUGCCUUGCAGCCCAUCCGCAGGCGUGCAGGUCUUGUCCAGUGGCUUCUACACCAUGGUCAUGACAGACUUUGGCUUGAGAGUCAAGUUUGAUGGGAAGCAUCGGGUGGAGGUGACGCUUCCAAGCACCUUUGGGCAGAAGGUUUGUGGCAUGUGUGGCAACUACAACGGGAUAGCAGCAGAUGACUUCCAGAACCCAGAAGGGGCAAUGGAGCCAGACUCCACCAGCCUGGGCAACAGCUGGGAAGUGUCCAACAACAGCAGCUGCUCAGCCGGACCUCUGCCCACCCCAGCCUGCAAUGAGACCGACAAGCAGCUCAUCGGCAGCAGCCACUUCUGUGGGCUCCUCACGGACACCAGCGGCCCGUUUCAGGUGUGCCACGCUCUGCUGAGCCCCAGCAGCUACUUUGACACCUGCUUCUAUGACCUGUGUGAGCUGGGGCUGGACCGUGAGACCCUGUGCAAGAGCUUGCAGUCCUAUGCAGAUGCCUGCCAGUCCCUCGGUGUCCAGAUACCUGCGUGGAGGAACGCAACCUUCUGCCCGAUCGCUUGUCCAGCCAACAGUCACUACGAACCCUGUGCUGCAGCCUGCCCUGCCACUUGUGUUGACCCAACUGCUCCCAACACCUGCAGCCUGCCGUGCGUGGAGGGCUGUGUGUGCGACAGCGGGUACCUGCUCUACAAUGACCGCUGCGUGCCCAGCCAGCAGUGCGGCUGCUGGCACAACGGGCAGCACUACCCCGUGGGCUCGGAGUUCUGGACUGACAACACCUGCUCCUCCAAGUGCACCUGUCCCGCACGGGGAAGCAAAGUGCAGUGCUUCAAUGCCUCCUGCCCUGCGGGCCAGUUCUGUGGGGUGCAGAACGGGAAACCUGUGUGCCUUGAACGCUCCUAUGGAAUCUGCCACGUCCAUUCAGACCCCCACUACCAAUCCUUUGACAAGGUGACGCACAGCUUCAUGGGCAACUGCACCUACACCCUGGCCAAACUCUGCUCCAACACCACCUCCCUGCCCUACUUCAACGUGGAGGCCAAGAACGAGCACCGUGGUAACACCCGAGUGUCCUACGUGCACGAAGUCAUGGUUGAGGUGUACGGACAGCGCAUCGUCAUCCUCAAGCAGCAGAAGAGCCACGUGCUGGUGAACAGCGUGCAGCAGACGUUGCCGGUGAGCGCAGCAGGAGGGGCCAUCACGGUGAGCAAGAGCGGUCGCUACGUCGUCCUGGAGACAGACUUCUACCUCCGAGUGUCCUACGACACUGACCACUCGGUGGAGGUGAAGGUGCCCACCACCUACUUCAACCUGACCUGUGGCAUGUGCGGCAACUUCAACAACCGCAGAGAUGAUGAAUACAUGAUGCCCAACGGGCAGCAAGCCGCAGACUCCAACGCUCUGGGGGAGAGCUGGCAGGUCCCAGACAGUGACCCCUCCUGCGGUGUGCCCGUCCCCUCCCCACCCUGCAGUGCAGAAGAGGAGGAGCUCUACCGCUCCGACCAGUUCUGUGGCAUCCUGACCACCAGGCCUAGCUCUUUUGAGAGCUGCCACGGCACCAUCAACCCCCAGGACUACUUUGACACCUGCUUGUAUGACCUGUGUGCCCUGAAUGGUGGCCAGGAGUUCCUGUGUGCUGCUCUGGAGGCCUAUGCUGACGCGUGCCAGGCAGCUGGUGUGACUCUGCUUCCCUGGAGGAAUGCUACCUUCUGCCCCCUGCAGUGUCCUCCCAACAGCUACUAUGACCCCUGCAUGACGGGCUGUCCUGCCACCUGUGUUGACCAACACGCCCCACUGAACUGCUCCAAGCCUUGUGUGGAGGGCUGUGCGUGUAGCUCUGGCUUCCUCCUGAGUGGAGACACCUGUGUGCCCGAGGACAACUGCGGCUGCCACUUUGAGGGCAACUACUACACUGAAGGGGAGUCCUCCAUCAAUGAGAACUGCACUCGCCGGUGCCAGUGUGAAGCCAAAGGCCACAUGGUUUGCUCUGCCCUGUCCUGUGGCGAGGACGAGGUCUGCAAGAUCCAGGAUGGCCAGAGGGGCUGUUACCCAGCCAGCACUGCCGUCUGCCACAUCUACGGUGACCCACAUUACAGCACCUUUGAUGGGAAGCUCCACCACUUCCAGGGCUCCUGCAACUACACAGCGGUGACAGGCUGUGACAACUCCUCCCUUGGCUUCAGUGUCACCACCCGCAACAAACAUCGCGGCAGCCAGAGCUGGACAGCUCUGGACUCUGUGGCACUGUCCCUCGAAGGCCUCCACAUUGCACUGCGCCAGCACAAGGCAGUCUACAUCAACGGUGCCCUGGUCUCCCUGCCUGCUUCUCCUGCCCCCGGUGUGACCAUCUCCCUGAGCGGCUCCUAUGUGCGGGUUUCUACCAAGCUGGGCCUGCAGCUGCAGUUCAAUGGGGACCAUGAGCUCCUAGUGAAGGUGUCUGAGCAGUACAAGGGCAAACUCUGUGGGCUGUGUGGGACGUACACUGGGAGCCAGCAGGACGACUUCAUGCGACCCGAUGGGGUGGUUGUACCCGACUUCAACGACUUUGGAAGCAGCUGGAUGGUGCCGGAUGAAGAGUGGCCGUGUGACCCAGCCAUCAGCCCACCUGCAUCCUGCUCCUCUACUGAAGAGGAGGCAGCUAAGCAGCAGUGUUCAAUCCUCACACACCUCGGUGGCCCCUUCCAGCCAUGCCAUGCAGUUCUGCCACCCAAGACAUACUUUGAGAGCUGUGUCUAUGACCAGUGUGCCACGGGUGGCAGCACGGAGCAGCUCUGCAAUGACCUGGGGGCCUAUGCUGCAGCCUGUGCUGAGGCGGGCGUUGCUCUGGGAGACUGGAGUGCUGGCACUGUCUGUGGUCCUACUACACCCCCUACUCUGCUGCCUAAUGGUACAACACCAACACCAACGCCACCUGGAACAACCUCAGGCACCUGUGUAGUGGAAGGAGACCCUCACUACCACACCUUUGACAAGCAGUUACACCAUUUCAUGGGCACCUGCACCUACACCCUCUCCAAGCUGUGUGAGAGCAACAGCUCCCUGCCCUACUUCAACGUGGAAGCGGCCAACGAGCACAGGGGAGGCAACACCCGUGUGUCCUAUGUCCGACACGUGGAUGUCGAUGUGGCUGACCAGAGGAUAAGGCUGGCACAGGGUGGAGUGGUGACGGUCAAUGGGGUGGAAGAGAUCCUGCCUUGCAGCCCAUCCGCAGGCGUGCAGGUCUUGUCCAGUGGCUUCUACACCAUGGUCAUGACAGACUUUGGCUUGAGAGUCAAGUUUGAUGGGAAGCAUCGGGUGGAGGUGACGCUUCCAAGCACCUUUGGGCAGAAGGUUUGUGGCAUGUGUGGCAACUACAACGGGAUAGCAGCAGAUGACUUCCAGAACCCAGAAGGGGCAAUGGAGCCAGACUCCACCAGCCUGGGCAACAGCUGGGAAGUGUCCAACAACAGCAGCUGCUCAGCCGGACCUCUGCCCACCCCAGCCUGCAAUGAGACCGACAAGCAGCUCAUCGGCAGCAGCCACUUCUGUGGGCUCCUCACGGACACCAGCGGCCCGUUUCAGGUGUGCCACGCUCUGCUGAGCCCCAGCAGCUACUUUGACACCUGCUUCUAUGACCUGUGUGAGCUGGGGCUGGACCGUGAGACCCUGUGCAAGAGCUUGCAGUCCUAUGCAGAUGCCUGCCAGUCCCUCGGUGUCCAGAUACCUGCGUGGAGGAACGCAACCUUCUGCCCGAUCGCUUGUCCAGCCAACAGUCACUACGAACCCUGUGCUGCAGCCUGCCCUGCCACUUGUGUUGACCCAACUGCUCCCAACACCUGCAGCCUGCCGUGUGUGGAGGGCUGUGUGUGCGACAGCGGGUACCUGCUCUACAAUGACCGCUGCGUGCCCAGCCAGCAGUGCGGCUGCUGGCACAACGGGCAGCACUACCCCGUGGGCUCGGAGUUCUGGACUGACAACACCUGCUCCUCCAAGUGCACCUGUCCCGCACGGGGAAGCAAAGUGCAGUGCUUCAAUGCCUCCUGCCCUGCGGGCCAGUUCUGUGGGGUGCAGAACGGGAAACCUGUGUGCCUUGAACACUCCUAUGGAAUCUGCCACGUCCAUUCAGACCCCCACUACCAAUCCUUUGACAAGGUGACGCACAGCUUCAUGGGCAACUGCACCUACACCCUGGCCAAACUCUGCUCCAACACCACCUCCCUGCCCUACUUCAACGUGGAGGCCAAGAACGAGCACCGUGGUAACACCCGAGUGUCCUACGUGCACGAAGUCAUGGUUGAGGUGUACGGACAGCGCAUCGUCAUCCUCAAGCAGCAGAAGAGCCACGUGCUGGUGAACAGCGUGCGGCAGACGUUGCCGGUGAGCGCAGCAGGAGGGGCCAUCACGGUGAGCAAGAGCGGUCGCUACGUCGUCCUGGAGACAGACUUCUACCUCCGAGUGUCCUACGACACUGACCACUCGGUGGAGGUGAAGGUGCCCACCACCUACUUCAACCUGACCUGUGGCAUGUGCGGCAACUUCAACAACCGCAGAGAUGAUGAAUACAUGAUGCCCAACGGGCAGCAAGCCGCAGACUCCAACGCUCUGGGGGAGAGCUGGCAGGUCCCAGACAGUGACCCCUCCUGCGGUGUGCCCGUCCCCUCCCCACCCUGCAGUGCAGAAGAGGAGGAGCUCUACCGCUCCGACCAGUUCUGUGGCAUCCUGACCACCAGGCCUAGCUCUUUUGAGAGCUGCCACGGCACCAUCAACCCCCAGGACUACUUUGACACCUGCUUGUAUGACCUGUGUGCCCUGAAUGGUGGCCAGGAGUUCCUGUGUGCUGCUCUGGAGGCCUAUGCUGAUGCGUGCCAGGCAGCUGGUGUGACUCUGCUUCCCUGGAGGAAUGCUACCUUCUGCCCCCUGCAGUGUCCUCCCAACAGCUACUAUGACCCCUGCAUGACGGGCUGUCCUGCCACCUGUGUUGACCAACACGCCCCACUGAACUGCUCCAAGCCUUGUGUGGAGGGCUGUGCGUGUAGCUCUGGCUUCCUCCUGAGUGGAGACACCUGUGUGCCCGAGGACAACUGCGGCUGCCACUUUGAGGGCAACUACUACACCGAAGGGGAGUCCUCCAUCAAUGAGAACUGCACUCGCCGGUGCCAGUGUGAAGCCAAAGGCCACAUGGUUUGCUCUGCCCUGUCCUGUGGCGAGGACGAGGUCUGCAAGAUCCAGGAUGGCCAGAGGGGCUGUUACCCAGCCAGCACUGCCGUCUGCCACAUCUACGGUGACCCACAUUACAGCACCUUUGAUGGGAAGCUCCACCACUUCCAGGGCUCCUGCAACUACACAGCGGUGACAGGCUGUGACAACUCCUCCCUUGGCUUCAGUGUCACCACCCGCAACAAACAUCGCGGCAGCCAGAGCUGGACAGCUCUGGACUCUGUGGCACUGUCCCUUGAAGGCCUCCACAUUGCACUGCGCCAGCACAAGGCAGUCUACAUCAACGGUGCCCUGGUCUCCCUGCCUGCUUCUCCUGCCCCCGGUGUGACCAUCUCCCUGAGCGGCUCCUAUGUGCGGGUUUCUACCAAGCUGGGCCUGCAGCUGCAGUUCAAUGGGGACCAUGAGCUCCUAGUGAAGGUGUCUGAGAAGUACAAGGGCAAACUCUGUGGGCUGUGUGGGACGUACACUGGGAGCCAGCAGGACGACUUCAUGCGACCCGAUGGGGUGGUUGUACCCGACUUCAACGACUUUGGAAGCAGCUGGAUGGUGCCGGAUGAAGAGUGGCCGUGUGACCCAGCCAUCAGCCCACCUGCAUCCUGCUCCUCUACUGAAGAGGAGGCAGCUAAGCAGCAGUGUUCAAUCCUCACACACCUCGGUGGCCCCUUCCAGCCAUGCCAUGCAGUUCUGCCACCCAAGACAUACUUUGAGAGCUGUGUCUAUGACCAGUGUGCCACGGGUGGCAGCACGGAGCAGCUCUGCAAUGACCUGGGGGCCUAUGCUGCAGCCUGUGCUGAGGCGGGCGUUGCUCUGGGAGACUGGAGUGCUGGCACUGUCUGUGGUCCUACUACACCCCCUACUCUGCUGCCUAAUGGUACAACACCAACACCAACGCCACCUGGAACAACCUCAGGCACCUGUGUAGUGGAAGGAGACCCUCACUACCACACCUUUGACAAGCAGUUACACCAUUUCAUGGGCACCUGCACCUACACCCUCUCCAAGCUGUGUGAGAGCAACAGCUCCCUGCCCUACUUCAACGUGGAAGCGGCCAACGAGCACAGGGGAGGCAACACCCGUGUGUCCUAUGUCCGACACGUGGAUGUCGAUGUGGCUGACCAGAGGAUAAGGCUGGCACAGGGUGGAGUGGUGACGGUCAAUGGGGUGGAAGAGAUCCUGCCUUGCAGCCCAUCCGCAGGCAUGCAGGUCUUGUCCAGUGGCUUCUACACCAUGGUCAUGACAGACUUUGGCUUGAGAGUCAAGUUUGAUGGGAAGCAUCGGGUGGAGGUGACGCUUCCAAGCACCUUUGGGCAGAAGGUUUGUGGCAUGUGUGGCAACUACAACGGGAUAGCAGCAGAUGACUUCCAGAACCCAGAAGGGGCAAUGGAGCCAGACUCCACCAGCCUGGGCAACAGCUGGGAAGUGUCCAACAACAGCAGCUGCUCAGCCGGACCUCUGCCCACCCCAGCCUGCAAUGAGACCGACAAGCAGCUCAUCGGCAGCAGCCACUUCUGUGGGCUCCUCACGGACACCAGCGGCCCGUUUCAGGUGUGCCACGCUCUGCUGAGCCCCAGCAGCUACUUUGACACCUGCUUCUAUGACCUGUGUGAGCUGGGGCUGGACCGUGAGACCCUGUGCAAGAGCUUGCAGUCCUAUGCAGAUGCCUGCCAGUCCCUCGGUGUCCAGAUACCUGCGUGGAGGAACGCAACCUUCUGCCCGAUCGCUUGUCCAGCCAACAGUCACUACGAGCCCUGUGCUGCAGCCUGCCCUGCCACUUGUGUUGACCCAACUGCUCCCAACACCUGCAGCCUGCCGUGUGUGGAGGGCUGUGUGUGCGACAGCGGGUACCUGCUCUACAAUGACCGCUGCGUGCCCAGCCAGCAGUGCGGCUGCUGGCACAACGGGCAGCACUACCCCGUGGGCUCGGAGUUCUGGACUGACAACACCUGCUCCUCCAAGUGCACCUGUCCCGCACGGGGAAGCAAAGUGCAGUGCUUCAAUGCCUCCUGCCCUGCGGGCCAGUUCUGUGGGGUGCAGAACGGGAAACCUGUGUGCCUUGAACACUCCUAUGGCAUCUGCCACGUCCAUUCAGACCCCCACUACCAAUCCUUUGACAAGGUGACGCACAGCUUCAUGGGCAACUGCACCUACACCCUGGCCAAACUCUGCUCCAACACCACCUCCCUGCCCUACUUCAACGUGGAGGCCAAGAACGAGCACCGUGGUAACACCCGAGUGUCCUACGUGCACGAAGUCAUGGUUGAGGUGUACGGACAGCGCAUUGUCAUCCUCAAGCAGCAGAAGAGCCACGUGCUGGUGAACAGCGUGCGGCAGACGUUGCCGGUGAGCGCAGCAGGAGGGGCCAUCACGGUGAGCAAGAGCGGUCGCUACGUCGUCCUGGAGACAGACUUCUACCUCCGAGUGUCCUACGACACUGACCACUCGGUGGAGGUGAAGGUGCCCACCACCUACUUCAACCUGACCUGUGGCAUGUGCGGCAACUUCAACAACCGCAGAGAUGAUGAAUACAUGAUGCCCAACGGGCAGCAAGCCGCAGACUCCAACGCUCUGGGGGAGAGCUGGCAGGUCCCAGACAGUGACCCCUCCUGCGGUGUGCCCGUCCCCUCCCCACCCUGCAGUGCAGAAGAGGAGGAGCUCUACCGCUCCGACCAGUUCUGUGGCAUCCUGACCACCAGGCCUAGCUCUUUUGAGAGCUGCCACGGCACCAUCAACCCCCAGGACUACUUUGACACCUGCUUGUAUGACCUGUGUGCCCUGAAUGGUGGCCAGGAGUUCCUGUGUGCUGCUCUGGAGGCCUAUGCUGAUGCGUGCCAGGCAGCUGGUGUGACUCUGCUUCCCUGGAGGAAUGCUACCUUCUGCCCCCUGCAGUGUCCUCCCAACAGCUACUAUGACCCCUGCAUGACGGGCUGUCCUGCCACCUGUGUUGACCAACACGCCCCACUGAACUGCUCCAAGCCUUGUGUGGAGGGCUGUGCGUGUAGCUCUGGCUUCCUCCUGAGUGGAGACACCUGUGUGCCCGAGGACAACUGCGGCUGCCACUUUGAGGGCAACUACUACACUGAAGGGGAGUCCUCCAUCAAUGAGAACUGCACUCGCCAGUGCCGUUGUGAAGCCAAAGGCCACAUGGUUUGCUCUGCCCUGUCCUGUGGCGAGGACGAGGUCUGCAAGAUCCAGGAUGGCCAGAGGGGCUGUUACCCAGCCAGCACUGCCGUCUGCCACAUCUACGGUGACCCACAUUACAGCACCUUUGAUGGGAAGCUCCACCACUUCCAGGGCUCCUGCAACUACACAGCGGUGACAGGCUGUGACAACUCCUCCCUUGGCUUCAGUGUCACCACCCGCAACAAACAUCGCGGCAGCCAGAGCUGGACAGCUCUGGACUCUGUGGCACUGUCCCUCGAAGGCCUCCACAUUGCACUGCGCCAGCACAAGGCAGUCUACAUCAACGGUGCCCUGGUCUCCCUGCCUGCUUCUCCUGCCCCCGGUGUGACCAUCUCCCUGAGCGGCUCCUAUGUGCGGGUUUCUACCAAGCUGGGCCUGCAGCUGCAGUUCAAUGGGGACCAUGAGCUCCUAGUGAAGGUGUCUGAGAAGUACAAGGGCAAACUCUGUGGGCUGUGUGGGACGUACACUGGGAGCCAGCAGGACGACUUCAUGCGACCCGAUGGGGUGGUUGUACCCGACUUCAACGACUUUGGAAGCAGCUGGAUGGUGCCGGAUGAAGAGUGGCCGUGUGACCCAGCCAUCAGCCCACCUGCAUCCUGCUCCUCUACUGAAGAGGAGGCAGCUAAGCAGCAGUGUUCAAUCCUCACACACCUCGGUGGCCCCUUCCAGCCAUGCCAUGCAGUUCUGCCACCCAAGACAUACUUUGAGAGCUGUGUCUAUGACCAGUGUGCCACGGGUGGCAGCACGGAGCAGCUCUGCAAUGACCUGGGGGCCUAUGCUGCAGCCUGUGCUGAGGCGGGCGUUGCUCUGGGAGACUGGAGUGCUGGCACUGUCUGUGGUCCAUCGACACCAACACCCACGGUCCCCUUGCCAGGUACCACAACACCGCCUGUAAUCACCACCUCACCAGCCAGCCCCGCUCCGAGCUCAGGUCGUGGUUCCUGCAGCGCCUCUGGGGACCCACAUUACAACACUUUUGACCACAAAGUCCAUAAUUUCAUGGGAAAUUGCACUUACACCUUCUCCAAAGUGUGCAAUGCCUCUGAGAGUCUUCCAUACUUUGAUGUGUCUACAACAAAUGAGCACAGAGGAGCCAACACCAAAGUCUCUUAUGUGAAGUCAGUGCAUGUGGCAGUCUAUGACAAUCAGAUUUCUCUGCUGAAAAACAAGAAAGUGAAUGUGAAUGGUUACAGAAUGAACUUGCCUGUAUUUAUUGAAAAGAAGAUCAGUAUUCAAAGCAGUGGUGGAUAUGUUCUCUUGGAAACUGACUUUGGACUGUGGGUGAGAUAUGAUGGAAAUCACUAUGCAGAAGUCUCUGUGCCCUCUAAUUACAGUGGUCUGCUCUGUGGCCUCUGUGGUAAUUAUAAUGGUGAUCCAAAGGAUGACAAUAUCAAGUCCAAUGGUGACAUUGCAAGUGAUUCUACUGAUCUUGGAGAAAGCUGGCUGGUGCCUGAGAAUAACACCAUAUGCUCCAGUGGUGGGAAAGAAGAGCAAUGUGAUCCUGUGCUGGAGAGUGAAGCAAAGAAAAACACAGCAUGUGGCAUGAUCACAGACCCAACAGGAAUCUUCAAGGACUGUCACAGCAAGGUGCCUCCACAGAAUUUCUUUGAAAACUGUGUUUAUGACAUGUGUUUCACUGGGGGACAGGCAAUAUCCUUAUGCUAUGGACUGCAAGCCUAUGCUGAGUCAUGUGUCAAUGCUGGGAUAUGCAUAGAAUGGAGGAAUGCUACUCUUUGCCCAAUGUCCUGUCCUGGAGGCAGCAUCUACAAGAGCUGUGGUACUAGGUGUCCCUCUACCUGUUUGAACAUCUCAGCAGUUGAUUCCUGCAGUUCUUUGCCAGUGGAAGGUUGCUUCUGUAAAGAGGGCUAUGUUAUGAGUGGAGACAAAUGUGUGCCAGAAAGCAACUGUGGUUGUAUUGAUGAAAAAAACCACUAUCACCAGCUGAAUGAAAGCUGGUUCACCAGUUACCCCUGCACUGAGCGCUGCACCUGCAAGGCAAAUAACACCAUUGAGUGCAAUUCCUGGGAGUGUGGAGUCCAAGAGGAGUGCAGCAUUCAGGAUGGUGUGCUGGGCUGCCAUUCCAAUGGUCAAGCAAUAUGUCAAGUGGUAGGAGAUCCCCACUAUUUCACUUUUGAUGGAAUGAAGUACACCUUUGUGGGAACCUGCACCUACACUUUGGUUGAGGUUGUCAACACUGCCACCAAUGUCAUUCCUAUAACCAUACUUGGCAAGAAUGAAGACAGAGGACUAAGAGGGGCCACAUACCUGAAAGAAGUCUACAUUGAUGUGCAUGGUGUACGAAUCACCCUUCAGAAAAACCAAGGAAUCCUGCUGAACAAUGAGAGAGUCUACACUCCAGUGCAGAACCGACUGCGAGGCAUGUCCAUUGGAAAUGUUGGCAGAUAUAUAGUAGUGGAAACUGACUUUGGUGUGAUAGUGAAAUAUGAUGGUAAUCACCAUCUGGAAAUCACCCUCCCACGCUCUUAUUUCUCACAGGUGCAUGGCAUGUGUGGCAAUUUCAAUGGUAACCGUGAAGAUGAUCUGUCCUUGACCAAUGGUACAGCUGUCACUGCCCCACAGUUUGGAAACAGCUGGGAAGUGGAGAAAGACAGUGAUAAGGGUUGUUUGCCAGACUUAAGAGAAGAUGAUGAGCCUCCUUGCACUGCUGAGAAUAAACAAGUCAUUGAAAGACAGUGCAAUGUUCUGAAAUCAGACAAAUUCAAAGUGUGCCAUAGUCUAGUCAAUCCUGAUGACUUCGUUGAGAUCUGCAUCUAUGAUAUGUGCCAGUAUGAUGGUAUGAAGUCUGCUCUCUGUGACAUAGUUCAAGUCUAUGUGGACACCUGCAAGAAUCAUGGAAUCACCAUUAAAUGGAGAAAUAGCACAUUCUGUCCACUGCCCUGCCCAUCCCGGAGCCACUACAAAGACUGUGUCUCUGCCUGCCCAGCAACAUGCAAUGACAUUUUUGCCUCUUCCCUUUGUGAGAAGACAGAAGAGUGCACAGAAGGCUGUGAAUGUGAUGAUAAUUAUGUGCUCAGCAAUGGCAACUGUGUGCCCCUCAGCAGUUGUGGCUGCAGGGACGAUGACAACAAUUACUACAGCGAUGGGGAGACAUGGAUAACUCCACACUGCACCAAAAGAUGCCAGUGCCAGAACGGUGUCAUCAGUUGCAAGAGCUACAGCUGUGAUUCCAGAGAAAUCUGCGUGAUCAAAGAUGGAAAAAACAAGUGCAAUCCAACAGGUUUUGGGAGAUGCCGGAUCAUGGGCGACCCACACUACAUCACCUUUGACAGGCUGGUGCACCACUUCCAAGGGAAAUACACAUAUAUCCUGGCUCAGAGCAUCCCUGACCUCCCUGACACUCUGACACAGUUCAGCAUUGAAGGCACGAACUAUCCUUUACUUGGAAGUCGACACAUUACUUACCUGAAAGAGAUUCUCAUCAAUGUUUACAACCACACAGUGCGAUUCAGGCAGAACAAGCAGGUUCUGUUGGAUGGUGUGAGAGUGAGGCCUCCUGUUCGACCUCAUGAAGGUAUUCAUAUAUAUCAGAGGUUAACAAGAAUUUACCUGGAGACAGACUUUGGCUUAUACUUGAGCUUUGAUGGCAGACAAAAUGCAGACAUAAAACUGGCUACCACCUACAGAAGCAGAGUGGAAGGCUUGUGUGGUGACUUUGAUGGGAGAUACAGAAAUGACUUCAAAAAUCCAGAUGGUGUUUGGGUGAGGAAUGUCAAUGUAUUUGGUGAAAGCUGGAAAGUCCCUCUGAAAAGAAGCUCUCGUCUCAGACGAGAUGUCAACUCAGAAAAUGAGUCUGAGGAGGAACCAGAUCCAGGGCUUUUCCAAGGCUGCAACGAAAAUCAGCUGGAGCAGCAAGCCACAACUUCAAGAUGUCAAAUCCUGACUGACUUGAAUGGUACUUUUGCCAAGUGUCAUUCUGCAGUCCAACCAGAUUUCUAUUUCACGAGCUGCCUGUUUGAUAUGUGUGUGGAAGGAGAUGAGGUUGCUGUCUUAUGUCGCAGUCUGGAGGAAUAUGUGCUGGCUUGUCAGCAGCAAGGAGUCAGCAUGGAUGGCUGGAGGCAACAGACAGACUGUGGUAUGUCAUGUCCUCCCAACAGCAAGUACAGCUCAUGCAUGUCUGCAUGUCCAGCAUCCUGCAACGACCUGACCAGCCCCUCUGAGUGUGAAUCACCCUGUGUUGAAGGCUGUGAAUGUCUCCCUGGUUAUGUUCUUAGUGGCUUUGACUGUGUGCCUUACAAACAGUGUGGCUGCACAUACCUUAACAAAUACUAUGAGAUUGGAGAAAUAUUCACCACUGAUGACUGCUCUCAGAAAUGCCAGUGCACAGAAAGCUCCACUGUUUUCUGCUUGGAUGAAGUGUGUGGGUCUGCAGAAAUCUGUGGCAUUUCAAACUACAGUCGUGGAUGCUACAGAAGUGGUCCAUGUAUGCCAAACCCUUGUAAGAAUGAUGGCAUUUGCUCUGAAACUUCCAACAGCACCUCCCUCCACUUUUGUGAAUGUUCAGAACUUUACACAGGAUUAAACUGUGAGGCUGAAAAAAUAGCUGAAGACCCUGACAAGGAGGAUUCGGGCCACACCAUUGCCAUUGUCGUCGCAGUCGUGGCAGGAGUAGCUGUUAUUGUCAUUCUCAUCUCCUCUACAGUGUUGCUGCUCAGAAAGAAGAAAAAGGUGGAUACAGUUAUUAUAACAAGGGAUUCUUCUUUGAAAGGGUCCAGGGAUAAACUGGAUGCCAGAGUACGUGAGCAAGAUUAUGGCUGCAUUGUGAACCGUGCAUUUGAUCAAAAUGAAUCCCCAAACACACAACUAUAGUUAACAAUAUUAUUCAUAUUAAUUUCUCAUAAUUUUUACUCUGUAUUUAAUCAUAUUUCUAAUACUUUGAGAAGAAAUAAUAAUAAAUUUAUCAUUGCAUUUGUUGAAAA